AUGGCAAAGCUACUGGCAACUAUUAAGGCAAUCAUAACACGCAUAAUUUUCAGUACUCAUGGAUUCAUCGCCAUUUGGCAGGUGACGCAGAACAAAAAGGAUCCCAUAUAUUGGUGUCUUUGUGUUCCGAUUGGUGUGCUGUUUGUAGAAGGAAUAUUUACCCUAGUAAUCAAGAAAAACCAAGAAUGGCGAUGGUUCUGCCCAUCGGUUUUCAUCUACCUAUCGACCAUCGUGCCUGCGAUAUGGCUUCUGGAAUUGGACAAACUGGAGAAACGUUCCCUCUUCCAGGACCAGAUGCUGAAUGAAACCAUCAAUUUUGCUGCCACCGUCGGCAAAGACCUGAAAGACCUGAACAAAAUGCUCGGCGUGAAAAUUCAACUGCCAGAAAUUCAACUGAACGCCGAUACAUGGGUAACCCUUAUCGAGCAAUUUCUGAUGUUGGUGCUCAUCAUCGGUCGCUGGAUGCUACCCAAGGGAGACCUGACCAGGGACCAACUGAGUCAGCUGCUCCUCGUUUACAUUGGAACCGCAGCCGAUAUAAUUGAAUUUUUCGACUCAUUCAAGGAUAGCAAAAUUGCCAACGAACCGGUGCUGGUGCUGCUGACGCUGAGCAUUUGGUCCUGGAGUUUGAUGCAGUUUACGAUUGUCCUGUCGGCUACACGUGCCCGGAAGCCACGAGGAGGUGGAAGUGUUGCCUCCCAGCGGGAAGAGGAUACCCACUGUUGUAACAUGAGCUGUUGCAAUAUCGACGUUUGGGGAAUCGCUCUGAACAUUCUGCUGCAGGACGCCCCUUUCCUCACCUUUCGGCUGUUGAUUAUCAUACAUUACAAAAUUAUCACUUACAUGAACAUUUUCUUCACAUGCAAGAACACAUUGGUAAUAUUGCUUCAGCUUUAUCGGCUGUACGUGGUACAUUCGGAAAAUCGAAAGACGGCAGCAAAGCGACACCUGGGUAAAAAGCAGGCAUCCGGCGGCAGUGGAUCUGCUCGUCAUUCGAAGCAGCACAAGAAACCCAAUCGAAGGAAAGUAACUGACUUCAGCGACGAUGAGAUUCACGAGAUGCGGAAACUUAAACAACAACAACAUCGUAAAGCGGCAAGCUUGUCUUCGAAAACGCGUAAGGACACCGGCUAUUCAACGGCCAGCAGUCAGACGACGGCCGAGCAGAAACAUUUGCGGAAAACAGGAAAACGCGCUACUGCUGCUUCUGGGCUCGAGGAUGAGGUGACCGUUGAGAUUGGCUUGAAGCAAAGUGGAAAAAAAGGAAAACCGAGAAAGUUAAUGACCAGCCAGGAUUAUGAAGUGGAUGAUGACGGCUUGGAGGAGGUUGCAGAUGAACGGAAGCGGCCGCGUAAUCGUAAGGACUCCAGUAGAAGCGGUAACAG